GAGAGAAACUGGAGCAGCUGGCUCAUCGGAGGCCAAGAAAACAGAACCUCGGGGCAAAGAGAAAAAAUGUUCCUGGGCAUCCUACAUGACCAAUUCCCCCACUAUGAUAGUGAUGAUUGGCUUGCCAGCACGGGGAAAAACCUACAUGUCAAAGAAGCUAACUCGAUACCUCAACUGGAUUGGUGUUCCCACAAAGGUUUUUAACCUUGGUGUGUACAGAAGAGAGGCCGUCAAGUCCUACAAGUCAUAUGACUUCUUCAGGCAUGACAAUGAAGAGGCUAUGAAAAUAAGAAAACAGUGCGCCUUGGUAGCCCUGCAAGAUGUGAAAGCCUAUUUAAAUGAGGAAGGAGGUCAAAUUGCUGUAUUUGAUGCAACGAACACUACGAGGGAAAGACGUGACCUCAUUCUUAAUUUUGUGAAGGAAAAUGCGUACAAGGUGUUUUUUGUGGAGUCUGUGUGUGACGACCCAGAGGUCAUCGCAGCCAAUAUUCUGGAAGUGAAAGUGUCAAGUCCAGAUUACCCAGAAGGACAUAGGGACAAAGUGAUGGAUGAUUUCCUGAAACGUAUUGAAUGCUAUAAAGUCACAUACCAGCCACUGGAUCCUGAUGAAUAUGACAAGGAUCUGUCCUUCAUUAAGGUGAUAAACGUGGGCCGGCGGUUCUUGGUGAACCGCGUUCAGGAUUACAUCCAGAGUAAGAUUGUGUACUACCUCAUGAACAUUCACGUUCACUCCCACUCCAUCUACCUGUGUCGCCACGGAGAGAGCAACCAUAACAUGGAAGGGCGCAUCGGGGGCGACUCUGAGCUCUCCGAGAGAGGGAAACAGUUUGCCAGUGCUCUGCGAAAAUUCAUAGAGGAACACAAGCUGUCUGAUCUGAAGGUUUGGACGAGCCAGCUGCGGAGAACGAUCCAGACGGCCGAGGAGCUGAACGUCCCCUACGAGCAGUGGAAGAUUCUCAACGAGAUAGACGCUGGUGUGUGUGAGGAGAUGACGUAUGAAAUGAUUCAGAAAACCUUUCCUGAGGAGUACGCCAUGAGAGACCAGGACAAGUAUCACUAUCGCUACCCCGGAGGAGAGUCGUAUCAGGACCUGGUUCAGCGUUUGGAGCCGGUGAUCAUGGAGCUGGAGCGACAAGGAAAUGUUCUCGUCAUCUGUCACCAGGCAGUCAUGCGGUGUCUUCUGGCCUACUUCCUGGACAAGAAUGCCGAUGAUCUUCCCUAUCUGAAAUGUCCUCUACACACAGUUCUCAAACUCACCCCUGUUGCCUACGGUUGUAAAGUGGAGAUGUUUUAUUUGAAUGUGGAGGCAGUGAACACACAUCGUGACAGACCACUUGUAAAUAACUCUUGUUUAACGAACCUGGUCUUUCCCGUCUCCAACCAGGGGAAAGUCCGAAGAGAACCUGCUCCCGUCCUGCUGCGGCGGAAUAGUUACACUCCUCUUUCCAGUCACGACCAGGUCAAGAGGCCACGACUCUACAGCGCGGGCAACCGGCCCUGGUUCCCCCUCACUCCUUCCCCCUCAGCUCUGCAUUUCCCCAGGACGCCAGAGGGGGCUCUGCUCCAUUCACAGUCUCGGGUGGGAGGAAGUUAUCUGACUCCUUGUGUGAAGGAUCCGACUUUGGCGACCCAGAAGACCCUAGUGACUGUGUCCGCUUCUGAUUAG